AUGGCGGCAGGAGUCAUCAGGAAUUUCCUCUUCCAGGCCCCAACUUCGAGCUACUACCCCAUGAUUUUCCAGCACUCUCCAUGCAAGGAAGACGAGGGGGGAAACCCGGAAGAGAGGUCAGAGGGAAGAGAGAAUGAUGAAGGAAGAGAAGAAGAGGAGGAUGAGGAUUGUGAGGCACAGGAGGAUGAGGACGAGUGUUUGGACGGCUUUCUUUUGAGCUCCACUCACGCUGCGUUGGACGUGACCAAGCAGCUGCUCAGGUUUGCCGACCUCAUCAGUCGUGACGUCCAGCGGUAUUUCGGCCGCUGCUCCGAUGACAGAGACUCCUGUGACGUCUACGGCCACGCCGUCUCCAUGACGCCAGGCGGGCGUCUGCGUUACUAUGAUGACCUGCUCAGAAUCGCCAGGGCGGGCAGUCCAGAGGAGAAAGAAAACCGCCUCCCGGCUCAUUCGGAGGAUCCUGCAGUCGCUGUUGCCAACGGCAACGACGGUCUGGGGCCUUUGGCCGAACUGUUUGAUCACAGAGGCGCGAGCAAGGGCCGAGGCCAGCCGAUGAUCAAAAGGCAUCUCCCCCUCAGCUUCUGGACGGAGCCGGUCCCCCGCUGCUCUCUGGUCAGCUGCAGCAGCACGCCAGGCGUCCAUCAUACGGACAGCAGCACGCACACACACCACAGCACACACACACACACCGACAGACACGUGCACUACAACCCCAUCACACACCACAGCACACACACCCUGGACAGCACUCAGCUGGACUUCAGCGAUCUGCUGGCCGACUGGGACCCCAACCCGGAGUUUGGUCAAACGCUGACGGAGGACACACACAUGCAGCACUGA